AAACUCCAUUUAUAUAUUUUAUGAAUUAUGUCUAAUAUUUUAUCGACAUCGAUAAAUUCUAUUCGCGAUCCAUAUCGCACUCCUUUAUCUAUGACAGUUCAUUUGGAUUUUAAAUUUUUAAUGUUGGUAUCCUUAUUUUGUUAUGAGGUUGGUUAAAAUCGGUUACGAAAUCGUCAGAAGUUCAAACUCUUAGAAUUGCGGUCCGUUUUGGCAAAAAAGUAAAUGGCGCAAAGGGACUACAGUUCCUAUUUUGAACGCUAUAAUAAAAAGUAUAUUGAAUAAAUCUGUGCAAUCUAAUGCCAGAAGUUAUAUUAUUAUUCUCUUUUUUGUCUGUUGCGAACUGUCUGUGGUCGGACUGUGUGUGAUCAUAACAUAUAAACUCAACUUAUUUUAUUUUAGUCUUUCUUUGGUAGUAUCUCUAAGUAGUCUGUGCUGUAAACUGCUCACGAAAGAAAAACAAUAUUUCAAUUUUAUAAAUACCUGUAAUUCUAAGGACAUGGAACAAGGCGCUGGCAAAAGUCGUGGUCGUGGUCCUCGUGCUGGACGUGUUGGUGGUGGCCGGAGUGGCCGUGUUGGUGGUGGUCGGAGUGGUCGUGCCAGUGGUGGUGGUACCCGUGAUCGUGGGAGCUCGUGCGCAUGAGUUUAACACUGUUACCAAGGCACGUCCUGCUGUUGCCGGAUCAUCGAUAUCUAUUGCUGACAAAGUAAGAAUAAAUAUGAGCCGACGGACGAACGGACAGAAGCAGCGGGUACAGCUGCAGCAACAGAGGGAAAAAAAAGAAGUAUCCCACUUUUUAAUGCCCGACGCUCCUCCUGUCAAAAAAUCCAGAAAAGGGUCUCCAGUGAGAAUGCCUUGUCCCCUUCUUCCGGGGACUCCAGAAGUCCCACCUCCACGUGUUCUCCAACCAUGGGAGCUGAACAUAAGAGCCUCUUUAAUGAACAAAAGCGGGCCUAUAAGAGUGUUGGAAGAGGACUUUGAUGAGGUGGUCUCCAAUGACAGCGCAACAACAGAGACAUCUCAACUAGUAAUCACUCCCUCUACGCCAGUAGUUAUUGAUACGGCUGAGUGCUGUGCGUUCCAAAAUGUGUCUCCAACACCAUCUUCCUCUACUGGUGCAGAGCCUUCUGACAUUCUGGUGUGGGAACAGUCAGCGGGAUUGAAUCCCGACAGCGAUGUCGAGGAGGAAACCCUUAUCGAUAGCGAACCCACUCGCGUGAGAGACGCCAAUGACGCCGGGGAAGUAUUAUGCAGCGAACUCAGCGAGGCUCUGGAGAAUUUGGACAGGCAGGAUGACAAUGCGUUGAGGGAGAUAGCAAACGAGGACAUGCUGGACUUCGAUUGGUCGCAUGACCAUACAAUUUUUACGGGGCAGCGAGAAAUUUUUACUGGGAUAGCUGGGCCUACAUUUACUGUAGAUGGAAUGUCACCGUUCCAAAUUUUUUCGAAAAUUUGGGACGAUGACAUCAUAAAUCUAAUAGUCCGGGAAACUAAUAGGUACGGCGCAAUGCUCUGCAGCGCGAAAGACCUUCAGACAUUUUCAAGAUUAAGGAGGUGGACGCCCAUAACGUCCCAGGAGUUGUGGACGUACUUUGGAAUUCUGAUGCUGCAGAGCAUUACGCAGCUUCCUGUGGAGAGCGAGUACUGGAGACCAUGUUUGCCUUAUUUAAAAUUGGGAAACUUUGCUAACAUUAUGUCAUUCCAUAGAUUUAUGGAAAUCAAAAGGUGUCUUCAUUUCACAGACAAUACUGUUGCCAGGGAUAACCCAAAUAAACUCACAAAAAUUAAGCCCAUUAUUGACCAUCUUAAUAAAAAAUUUAGCUACUUAUACCUACCUGAGCAGCAAAUUGCUAUCGAUGAAUCAUUAUUGUUGUGGAAAGGCCGGCUGUCUUUUGCUCAAUUGAUAGCCAAUAAAGCUGCUCAAGUAGGAAUAAAGAGCUAUGAGCUAUGCGAGUCCAGGACGGGAUACCUCUGGCAAAUGAUGGUAUACACCGGAAAGGAAAAUCACAAUGUCGGCCACGACUCGCAGGAGGAGCCGCAAGCCACGGCUACCUCCAAAAUUGUCUAUCACUUGGUACGGCCUUUAUUAAAUAAAGGCCACACCUUAAUAAUGGACAAUUUUUACAAUAGUCCCCUUUUGGCGCGUACACUUAAAGCGAAAAAAACAGACGUCAUGGGUACGCUGCGUCUGAACCGACAAUUCGUGCCCGAAAGUUUGCGGCAGAAAAAUAAGUCAAACAUGCGCACGGGAGAAGUGGCUUUCAGCCAGACUAAGGACAUCACGAUUGUGGUAUGGAAUGAUUCCAAUGUGGUGUCAAUGAUAUCCACGUAUCAUAAAGCAGAAGUUGGCGGAAAAGAAAAAUACGGGUACUACAAGUACAAGCCCCAAGUAGUUUUGGACUAUAACCUUUCUAUGGGGGGCAUUGACAAAAAAGAUCAAAUGAUACAAGCGUUCCCCAUUGAAAGAAUCCGAAACCAUGUCUGGUAUAAAAAGCUUUUCCGCCGACUUGUGAAUGUUUCGAUCCAUAACAGUUUCGUGAUGUUCUCGAGUGUAGUGCCAGGAAUAAGGCAGCGGGCGUUUCGUGUACGGUUGGCGGACGAAAUUUUGCAAAAAUUUUCUACGCCAAAAAUACAGGCGCCCCCUGCUACCGGCCACUUCCCUGCUAGGAACGCCUCCAAAAGAUCACGUUGCAAGUGGUGCGCACUAAAUAAAAAAGAUACAUGCACAGUCUGGAAGUGCGACACUUGCAACGUAAAUCUCUGUGUACAGGGGUGUUUUAGGGACUAUCACAUAGCUAUGUAGUUCCGGCUACCUUAAUUAUCCAAAGAAUACACUAAGUAACGUUUGAAUUAAAUGAACAAGACUUAUUAUGGUACAUAAAAUAGUUAUUAAAAAUAUUUCGAGGACAAUGAAACUUUUAUUUCCUGUAUUUUUGUAAUCAGGGGAAGAUGUCACGGAAAUUUCAAUUUUUCUUGUAUGUCGGAAAUAAUGUGGGGGAAAUGAGUAUGAGUCCUCCCUAAGUGUAACAAACCCUUUUUUGAAAACUGUAUUUAAAUCGCUUUCGCCAAUGGCGGUUAGGUAGAACUUCUUUUACUUAUUGUGUCAGUUUUCCUAGAACAAUUUUCUUGUCGCUCACUUCUGACUGACAGCAGUCCAAAAAAAAUACAUUUAUGCCAGUUUUGUACAACAAGCGUAAAAUCUACUUCGUUAAGCACCCAAUAACCAUUUCGGUACUUUUUGUAGUCGAGGGUUCAACCCCCGAAUUAAUUUCCACCCCUAAAGUUAGUUUGGACCAAAAUAUUUCAUUCAAUUUUUUUUACUUUUUUCAUAUUUGGUGAUUUUGUAAAGGUAUAAUAAAAUAAUGACACAUUCUCAUUACAAAUAUACGAAAACAAGCUGUAAUUUUCAUAAAUAUGUUACUAACAUAAUUUUAUCAAGUAAUAACAUAACAUCACGACUUUUAU